GAGGAAUUGAGACGGUCUAAUCCAACUGUAUCAGAAAGAAUAUCCUCAACCGAUAGUGGUGAAAGUGACCAAUGUGAAGGAGAAUCAACUUCACUGGGAUCAUCAUGGAGUACAUUUUCAUCACAAACAGUAAACCGGCUAUCAGGAUUGCUUAACCGAAUAAGACAUGGGAGUGGGAGAGACAGCUCCAACAAAAAGUAGAGAAUUGUUAAGGAGCACAGAAUACAGGUGAGGUGGUUGCACUAUGAUAAAAGAAAGAAAACGUUUACUUCUGUUAGACAAAAGAAUGGCGGUAGAAAUUUCUUCAUUGCAUAUACUCAUACAGAACCACUCCCGCUGGAAGACCUUGGAGAGAAGGCAUGUGCGUUGUUUUUCCCAAAUGGAAAGAAUAGUUUCGCCAGUCACUUAGAAGAUAUGAACACGUGGAUUUGUGAUACCACUGAAGUGGCAAUUUUUUAA